UUCCCAUGCGUCCCUGCGCGUGCGCGUGUUUCGCGAACAUGGAAGUACCGCGCGGUUCGGUUCGGUCCACCAGCUGGGACUCUGCCCUUUUGCAGCGGGUUCCGCCGCUGCUCACAGACCUGUACCAUUUCACCAUGGCUUACGGGUACUGGAAAUGUGGGCGACACAAUGAGGAGGCAGUGUUCGAGCUCUUUUUUCGUGACCUCCCUUUCGGGGGUGGCUUCUCUCUCUUCUGCGGACUUCAGGAUUGUUUACACUUCAUACGAAACUUCAGAAUUAAGCCAGAAGAUGUGACUUAUUUGAAGAGUGUUAUGCCCAGCACAAUUGAUGAAGGAUUUUUUGACUUCCUUAGGGAAGUGGAUCCUAGCAGUGUCUCCAUAACCGCCAUCCCAGAAGGUUCGGUAGUGUUUCCAAAAGUGCCAUUGAUGGAAGUACGAGGCCCAUUGCCGGUGGUUCAGUUACUGGAGACAAGUUUAUUGUGCAUGGUAAACUAUGCCAGUUUGGUUUCCACCAAUGCUGCACGCUUCUGCUUGGCUGCUGGCUCAAACAAGAAGUUACUGGAGUUUGGACUAAGGCGAGCCCAGGGUCCUGACGGUGGGCUCUCAGCCUCACGUUAUUCUUACAUUGGAGGGUUUCAUGGUAGUAGCAAUGUACUUGCUGGGAAGUAUUUUAACAUUCCAGUUGUUGGGACAAUGGCUCACUCAUUCAUCACUUCCUUCUCCUCUUUGAAAGAGGUGCAUCCCUCAACCCUCAUUUCGGAACAUGGAGAGGGCCCACCAGUAGAUCUGGUUAAGCUGAGUGUAUUCUGGCUGAACCGAGUCUGUAGUCAUUUGCAUAUGAUCCCUGAAGAGGCGAACAAGGGAGAACUAGCUGCUUUCAUCUCAUACGCCAUUGCUUUUCCUAGGAAUUUUUUGGCACUUCUGGAUACCUACAGUGUUAUCAGGAGUGGGGCUGUAAACUUUUGCACCGUUGCCUUGGCUCUGUGUCAGCUUCAUUAUCAGCCGGUUGGUGUUCGCCUUGACAGUGGAGACCUCUGCAGGCAGUCUGUUGACUUGCGCAGAAUCUUUCAUUCCUGUAGCACUGAAUUUCAGGUUCCUGGCUUCAAGUCUUUAGUUAUUAUUGGAAGCAACAGCAUCUCUGAGCAAUCUGUAAUGGAAAUGAAGGAACAGGAGAAUGAGAUUGACAUUAUAGCAGUGGGAACAAACUUGGUAACAUGUCCUCUCCAGCCAUCACUGGGUCAUGUUUACAAGCUGGUGCAGGUGAAUGGGAAACCUCGAAUGAAGUUCAGUGAAGACCCUGAGAAGACAACUUUACCAGGAAGGAAAGCUGUUUACAGACUAUACAACAAUGAUGGUCAUCCUUUCCUUGACUUGAUGACUCUAAAGGAAGAACCAGUUCCCACAGAAGGCCAAGAUGUGCACUGCUGUAUGUUAGGUGGGCAGAUGGAGACAGUGAAAGCAGCAAGAGUUGAGCUCCUUCUUCAGGAAUUUUUUUCUCUGGGCCAGCCGACUCAGCCUUUCUUGAGUGCAACAGAGAUCAGAAAUAGAGUCCAGACUUCACUAAUCCAUCUUAAUCCAGGUCUAAAGAGACUACAGCAGCCUGACAGAUAUAAGGUAGCUGUGUCGGAGCGUUUUGCUUCUCUUCUGAAGGACCUCAAAAAUAGGAAAGACUGGACAGAGUAAGAGAUGAUAUCAGGGAAUUAAGCAGGAAGGACAGCAUUAAAUGGAGUCAAAGAUUUACUUCAGAAACUAUUUCCUUUUGAAACUGUCUUCCAUCUUUUUCGACAGUUACAGUGUACACAAUGUUCUAUUCACCUUUUUUGCAAGGUUCUUCAUUCCUAAAUAAUUCUGCCUUUCUAUAUUUCAAGAUAUUUGACAUGACAGUUUUACCUAACGCUUACAUUAAUGGUCCACCAAAUUAGUAUUGGUACAAGUCAUUAGGAUGCAACUACCACAUUUCUUAAAUCUGUAUAUUGCUUAAUUUACAUAAAUUAUAAAGGAAUAUUCCACUCAAAAUUAUUUUUUUAUCUGUUACUUACCUCAUGUUUGCUGUGAUGUCUGAGAAAAAUUAAGGUCAUCUUUUUAUGGGGUAUGGAGGUGACAAAAUUCUUUAUACAGUAGUCAUCAAUGGGCAAUAAUAUCAAAACAUUCAUGAUAAAAAUUGUCACUUGUGUCGUAUAAUAAAUCUGUCAGGAAUCUAGUCAUUUGUUCACAAUGUGUAAGUUGGAAAAAAUAUUUUUAAGUAAACCAGUUCUGGAAAGUUAGCUUAUGUGCAACGGUAGUGUGUUGAAACAGAAUUGAUCUUUUUGAAAUGAAGACUCACAUUCGUACAAAUGCCAGGCAUAUUUUCCACCUGAUAAAAUUUUCACAAGCUUUUCUUUAACUGUUAACCUCUAAUUGUAUACGUCUCUCAGACCCCACUCCUCCGUGAUGAUAUCAUAUGGUAUCAUGUGAAGAGGAUUGCAGCCAUUGAAGAAGUUAUUACUUCUGACUAAUAAUUAAGGUGAGAGGUGAGUUUUCAGUUCAAAAACUUGUUCUCAUUACUGCGUGUUCCACUUUCAUUCAGGAGAGGAUUUUCCAGAAUUUUUUUUUUUUUUUAAAAAAACAGUAUUUUAGCAAAAAUACUUAAGUUUGGGACUUUGUGACCACUUGACUGGAUAUCUGAUUUUGAGACUCAAGUAAUUUGGGAUUUUUUACAUUUUGUAUAAGGAGUUUUGUUAUCCAAAUUCUUCUCCAUAAAAACAUGAGAUAAACAUUUUUUGUUGCUCAUACCUACAAACAAUAUGAGUUAAGUAACACAUUGAAAAUACAAUUGUUAAGCGAUGUAUUUUUGGAAACACUGCUGUUUUUAAAGGAAAAGCCAGGAAUUUGAAUAUAAUGUUAGUUGGUCUUGCAUUGCAGGUACUGUUAUUUUAAAUUUUUAUUAUGUAUUUAUUUAGGUUGUUUCAAAUACAU